UUUUACAAAUUACUUAAUAGGCUCAAGAAGAAAGAAUGGCAAUAAUUAUUGAAAGGUAACUGGAAAAGGAGACCAAUAGGCGUGACUUCAAUUAAAAAAUUGUACUCAUUGUUUAAUAGGAGAGGUGUAUGAUCACUCUUGUUGGAUAUUGACGCGAUACUAAACUAAACUAUGUCCAAAAUCAAAGUAGUUGCAAAGAAGCACCAGCAAGAAGGAUGGAUAUUUUUUCAUUUAUUUUACACUUUACAUGGUUUUUAGUUAUCUGUGGUCAAUUGUUCGAAAUGACAGCAUUUGAAUUUCAUGUGUCAUAAAUGAUGACAUAGCAGCUUCAGCUUGCUUAAUUUAAAAAUUUGGCGCCAUUAAUUGUUGACAAAGAAUAUUAUUUCCCAAUUACUGGAAUGAUAAAAUUAAAUUUAACAAAUAUGCAGGAUGACAAAAAUGCUAUUUUUCAAAUGCGUUUUCCUCAAAAACUGUGGUAUUUGCUAAAUUUAAGGACUGAUGCCAUUUUGUGGGGUGGUACUGGAAGAACUAUCUUGUUGAAUUAUCGCAUUCUGCACAAUUAUUUGCAAUGCGAUCACUCUAUUUUUAAAACAACAAAUAUCUCAAGUUUUGUGCGACAACUUAACUUGUAUGGAUUUCGGAAAGUAACUUCGCAUUUGCAAGAUCCGCUUUGUAAUUCCAGUAACCCAUACAUGCAUGAAUAUGUACACGACUACUUCCAGUAUGGUCGGCCAGAAUUGCUCAAUAAAAUUACGCGCAAGGCACUAGCUAUGAAAAGAAACUUUAAGCCUAAGAAUCUAUACAGCAAUGUUGAACAACUACUAUACUUGACGCCACUGCAGAAAGCACGACGCGCGUUACGUAUGGCUCUGAAGAAAGCUGCACAAGACUUAUUUGUGCAAAAUUCACCAAAGCACUUUUGCAAUCUUAAGUUUGAAUGUGAUGAUUCUCAAGAUGACUAUUGUGAAGAUGAAGAAAACAUUGAGUUUGAUUGGUUGAUUCCCAAUGAUAACGCAAAUCCAGAGAAAGUCCUUCCUGAAGCAGCCAAUAUUCAAGUUCCUCAGAAUGAUGCCACCAUACCAGAGGAAACAGAUACUUCAUUUAGAGAUGCAUCUCAAGAUAGUUUGAUGCACUUCACUGAUGAAUCCUGUCAACAGAAUGGUGAUAAUUUCCCAGUACAAUUUCUAAGCAUGCCAGAACUUGACCCUGAACCUUCUGAAGGAAAUUCUGGAGUAGAAUUGUUGGCUGAGUUUAACAUUGUUAAUGACACUGACCAAGGCAUAGCAAGAAAGAUUGGUGAUAAGGAAAUUGAUCACAAUUCUUUGAAUUGUGUUUUACCUUCAAUCAGUAAUGAUCAAAUUGAUGAUGUUUCUAUGGCUGAGAAAAACAAUGAAAACUCUGACCAUUACCAUGGUGAGUGGGACCAAAUGUUUAAUGAUAUUAUGACUAACAGAGGAUCCAAUCAAGAGUGUGGAUCUGACUUGAAGGAACUCUAUUCUCAGAUAUCUAAGACAAUUGAUUUACUGAACUCUUAAGUUAAUAUUAUAUAAUUAGUUAAGUAAA